AUGGAGAGUCUUCAUCAUCAGGGUGCUGCGAGCAGCAGCUCUGGAGCUCAUCUUCUCUCCAGGAUCGCUCUCAAUGAUAACAAAGCUGGCAUGGAGGCAAGUGACAACAAGAUCAUUCUGGAAACCUCCAAGGGAUCAAAAUUUUAUGAGAAUGAACUGAAGAAGGAGCAGCAGGUGAAUCAACGCAUUGAAAAGAUGAUGGUGCAAAAAGCAAGAAUCACGAAAGAACAACUGAAGCAAGCACAAGCAGAGGUAUCUCUGUAAUAACUCAGUAAUGAUUGUCAUAAAUUUUAUGAUUGGAUUUCCCACCAUGUGGACACAAAUUUCAGUUUUUUCAGUGCUGCUGUAGAAAUGAGAGACUGCCCAGAGCUGAAGGACCAACCAAUGGCAGUGGGAUCUAUGAGCAUGCUGUCAACCUCCAAUUACCACGCCAAGAGGUUUGGUGUCCGUGCUGCCAUGCCAGGGUUCAUUGCUAAGAAGCUCUGUCCAAAUGUUGUCAUUGUGCCAACUAACUUUGACAAAUACAGAGCUGUGAGUGUCCAGGUAUGUUGUAUCUUACUCUUACAUUAUUCAGUAGAUUAUCUGGACACUGAGCACCUGGAGCAGCGGAAGCACUGGCCAGAGACCAUGCGAACAUAUCACAUCCACGAAGCCAAGACAGGAAAUGAUGCAGACAGGUCUGCGGCUGAAUCAGGGAAAGAUGAUCUUUCUCCUGUGCUGUUCGAGGACAGUCCCAGCUCCUCGCUCUCUCUCUCAGGGGCUGAUAUGAAAGCAGACGUGUUUAGGACGAGUGCAGAGGAGGCUGUGAGGGAGAUGCGUUUCCAUAUUGAGCAGAAAACAUCUCUUACAGCCAGUGCAGGCAUUGCCCCAAACAUGAUGCUUGCAAAAGUAUGCAGUGAUAAGAACAAGCCCAAUGGCCAGUACCAAAUUCCUCCUGAGCGGCAAGUUGUGAUGGAGUUUAUGAAGUACUUUCCUGUCAGAAAGGUGUCUGGUGUUGGCAAGGUUACUGAGAAGAUGCUGGCUGCUCUGGGUAUUGUCAACUGUGACCAGCUGGGCCAGCAGAUGGCACUACUAUCUCUGCUUUUUUCGGGAAGCUCCUGGCAUAAUUUCCUUCACAUAUCAUUGGGUUUGGGCUACACAUGUAUGGAGAGGAACUCAGAAAGAAAAAGCAUAAGCACUGAGAGGACGUUUGGGGAGAUGAGUGAUGCAGAGGAGCAGUAUUCCCUGUGCAGAGAUCUCUGUCAUGACUUAGCAGAGGACCUUCAUCGGGAGGGCCUUAAGGGCAAAACUGUUACUUUGAAGCUGAAGAACGUCAAAUUUGAAGUAAAGACCAGAGCGUUUACACUGCAGUAUGCUGUCUGCUCUGAGGAGGAGAUCUUUGCUGCUGCUAAGGACCUUCUCAAAGUUGAGAUUGACAGUGUCAGCCCUCAGCCACUAAAACUAAGACUCAUGGGCGUUCGAGUGUCCGCCUUUAUCAGCGCUGAAGAUAAAAAGCCUCUUCAGAGGAGUAUAAUGGGAUUCCUGCAGAAAGAUGGAUCUGAUUCAGGCAGUUUCACACAGUGUGCUGGAUCUGUACUCAAAGCAGAAGAAGACAGCGAUGAUGCCAGUUUCCUAAAGCCACAGUCCACUGAGAUGAAAGAACCUUCUGUGUCUGAGCAAAAAUCCAAAUCUAAGCAAUCGUUUUUUCAAAGAGCACAGUUGAAAAGACUACAGCAGCAGCAGGAACAAAUGUCUGUCAUGGCUGGUACAGACACAACAAACAAUAGUGCUGACGCAGCUGCUGCUACACAGAUAGAUCUACCAACAACAAACAAUCUGUCAGACACAACAUUAGCAAAAAGUUUGUCAAAUACAAACUCGGGGACAGACACAACAAGCUAUGUAAGCAAACCUGCUUUUUUAAAGCCAUCGUUUAAAAUCUCAACCCAGGUGCUGCAGUUUCUCACCUGUCCCAUGUGCAACACCGAGAUGAAGGAUGUAAACCUUACAGCUUUCAACAACCACAUUGAUGAAUGUCUGAAGGGCAGUGCACUGGAUAAUGAACCCACACAUUUGGAUGCGCCUAAGGAACAGGAAGAGCUCGACAGCAAACCACCUGCAUCAAAUUCAGGAAGCAGGACUUUAAAAUCCUCAAGCCACGACCCAUCCUGUAAUGAAGAGAAGCCGUCCACUAGCAUCUCUGUGCCACUGGUGGAAACUGAUGAAGACGGUGAUUUCAAAACUCCAUUUUUUUGUCACAGGACAACAAUAAAUGGAAAGCAUUCUGUUAUUUCUAAAAAGAAGAUGCCUGGUUUUGAAUCGAGUUCUAAAUCCUCACCCACAACACACAAUCUUGAGGCUGUCACAGAGAUGUCAUCUGACUCGAAAGACUUGUCUUUGACGUGUCCCAUGUGCAGUCAGCCGCAAAGCACUGAUGACCUCGUGCUCUUCAACCGGCAUGUGGAUAUGUGUCUCAACCAGGAAGUUCUGCUGGAGUUUAGAGAAUCCCAUCCUCCUGUGGAUCAUUCAGAGGAACCAGCACUCAAGAGUGUACGAGGCCAACUGGGGGACCACGGGAGAGUUUCUGAAGUGAGAGAAAAAAGCAAAAGGCAGCCAUCAUCAUCUUCUCUUCCUCCCUCAAAAAAAAAUCAAAGUGUUGAGCACAAAACACACAAUCGGCAAGUUCUUCAAAAGCAAUGCCGGACAGAAAGUCUAUCCAGAGAGAUAAGCAUAUUGUUUCAUUUAUGAAGAAAUGACUUUAUAAUCCAUAAGGAUUUUGCUGGAUUCAUUAUUUUGAUGGAGCAAGUAAGAAGAUUAUUGUAUGGUGGAGAAAAUCAGGUGUUUAAUAAGAUGACUUUUGAUAAGAGAUGUUUCAGAUGAUAUACUCUGUCACAAAGCUGAAAAACUGCUUGGGUGUAUUUUUGGUAUUUAUUGAAAUGUGGAUUUGUGUGGUGUAAAAAUGCUUCAUAUUGUCAUUCAGAUUUAUAUUUUUGGAUAGCCUCUUUCAAUAUUUAUGUAGAUCAUUGAUGUUACAUGUACAUUUAUAUAUGAAUGAAGUUAAGGCUAAAAUAUUUUGAAAUUAUUUUAUUCUAUGCAUGAUUAGAAGUGAGCAUUUCAUUUUGAUCGAGUAUUUUAAAGCACUUUAUAAACCAUGAUAUAAGGCUUACCGUCGAAAUAAUAAAUAUAUACAAGUCAUAACAUUUUUACAUGGCUG